AUGGAGCAGCCUAUAGGCAAUCCGAGUGAGCUGUGGAAGAGCCCCAGGGGAACAGUGAUUCGUAUUGAGGUGCUUGCAUUGGUGGCCAUUGCCCUCUCCUUCUUCUUUGUGGCUUUUGGGUCCAGCUGCCGCUGGUCCAACCGUUGGAUCAUUCAAAAAGGUGUCUUGGCUGCAAAUGCAUUAUCUUUGUCCCUUAGGACAUAUAGCAUUGGCCUGAUGCAGUCCUCACCGGUGAAGAGUGAGAUGUACCCCAUCUGGGCCGUAUCCUUGCUCACCCUCUUCGGCAGCAUUAACUCAGUCAAUGGGUACAAUCUUGACCACAACAACCAGUUGUUGAAGCUGCUAUACCAGCUCUGCCUCUAUUGUGGAUAUGUCCUGCUAAUUGGUAUCUCCACCAUCUCCAGUGAUGUAGUGACUGUCAUACCCGGGACAUGGACAACACAUAUUUCUGGUGGUACAGUUGUUGUGACUACCACACCCUAUGACCUUGUUAUCACGCUUGUAAUACUGGCGUCUAUUGCUUUGCUCCAAGUGAUGCAGUUGCCCUUGGUUUCUCGCCUGGGGCGUCAGCCAAUCCUGGGUCCGCCAUUGACAAGCAUAGUGAAGGGGCUGGCGGAAUUCUGGGCCAACAGGUUGAGGAUCUCGGCGCCGUCCGACAAUGUGAAGGAGCACAUUGACCGUCUCUCGCGGGGCGGCGAGUUCAUCACCCAUAUCUGGGCUAUGCUGUAUGCCACCGGCAUAGUCAAACAAACGCAGAUGGAACUCCCAGAUUACGGUCCUUUGAGACACCUAGACUUUCUGAAUUUAUGCUCACUGGGGCGUGACGAUGCCGCGCAGUCUACAAGCUGCGCACUGGACAAUAUGGGAUGCGAUUACUCCACUCCAGGUCCACCAUUCGGCAUGAGUGGUGAUCUAUAUCGAAACAAUGAACAAAAAUGA